AAAUUGCUAAUGACGUGACCACUUGCACACACACACGCACACACGCACUCACACAAUCGCGGAGAGACGAACCAGAAAGAAGCAGGGACCAGAAGGAGGAGGAGGAGGAGGAGGAAGAGGAGGAGGAGGGUGCAGAGGCUACCUACAUCUUCCUGAGCAAGGCGACCGAAGCAGCAGUCUCGACCCUCCCUUCCUCGUGGUCUCAUACCUUCUCCUCACCUUCCUCCCCAACACAGGUAUGCACACUCCCCAGGUACUCCCUCCCCCUACACCUGAACCUUCGUAGCGGCAGCCCGAAGCAAAGAAGACCAGUAGACGCGUAACAACCGUAGCAACAGGACGAGGAGGAGGAGAACGAGGAAGAGAAGAGAGAAAGAGAAGAAAUAUCAGGUACAGAAGAAGGGAGAGGAGGAUACAAGAGAGCGAAGAGAAAGAGAAAAAAUAUCAGCCACAGAGCAAGGAAGAGGAGGAUAAAGAGGAAGAAGACAAACUAGCACCGAAGAAGAGGAGUAGUAGAAAUAACAGAAGAGGAAGAAGAGGAACAACACCUGAGAAGAAGGAAAAAGAGGACGAGAAAGAGGAAGAGUAGAAAAAUCAAAACUAUAGAAGAAGAAACUGAAAAAGAAGACAAGAAGGAAAACGAAAACGUCACAACUACAAGAGACAGAGAAAAAGGAAGAGGGGCAGAAAAGAGAAGAAGAGGAGGAGAAGAGAAGAGGCCGACGGAACGAUAAAACACCUUGAUUGACAGGUUCCUCGGGGGGCGGGACGAGACGGCGCAGAGAUGGGGGGCGGGCGCGGCGUGGGCGGAGGGGCGUGUGGGGUGUGUCGGGCAGCCUCCAGCCUUACGUGCGGCGGCUGUGGAGACAUGUACUACUGCGGGAAGGAUCACCAGCGUCGGCACUGGGCCCAGCACCGCCCUCUCUGCCGCCCCUACAAGGAAGUGGUCGACCCGGAGCUUGGGAGGUACCUGGUGGCGUCGCGGCGCCUCAAGGCGGGCCAGGAGGUGAUGGAGGACCAGCCGCUGACGUUCGGGCCCUUGGCAUUGACGUCGCCGGUGUGCCUCGGUUGCCACAGUCCCGUGCCCCUGGAGAUGCCCCGCUGCCCCGGGUGCUGGUGGCCCCUGUGCUCCCCGGAGUGCGCCACCUCCAGCCUCCACCAGCAGGAGUGUCAAGUCCUCGCCAAAGACACCGAGCGCGUGGCGCCGCCCCGGGAGCACGAAGAGACGGCGCGCUAUGACAUCAUCAUGAUUCUGCGCGUGCUGCUGCUGCGCUCCUCUGACCCCGAGGGGUGGGCGGUGGUGUGCAGCAUGGAGCACCACAACGAGAAGCGCCGCAAGGGCAGCGAGCUGGAGCUGGAGAUGACCACCUACCUGGUCCAGGACGUGUUCGGCCUCGACUACACGGUGGAGGAGUUGGAGCAGGUGCGCGGCGCCAUCCUCACCAACGCCAUGCAGAUCCGCAGCCCUACGGAAGUGUCCCUGCGCGUGCUGCACCCGCGCGUCCGCCUCUUCAACCACUCGUGCUCCCCCAACCUGCAGCUCUCCUUCACGGACGAUGCCGUCAUGCUGGUGCGCACGGCCGUGCCCAUGGAGAUCGGCGACCCGCUGCUCGUCACCUACACGGGCACCACCAUGCCGCUGUGGGAGCGACAUGCGAUUCUCAAGGAAAACUAUUUCUUUGACUGUGAGUGUAGCCGCUGCCAUGACCCCACCGAAAUGGGCACGAACUUUUCCAACCCCCGGUGCCCCGAGUGCAACUGGAGGAUAAUGCAGCCCUGCAGGUGGCUGGGCACCAUCAAGUGGGUGUGCCAGAACUGCAAAGGAGAAAAGUCCGAGGAGCGGGUGCGGAACGAGGCGAUGGCCAGCCUGAGCAGCCUGGAGAUGUCGGACGUGGUGGAGGGCAAGUCGUUCCGGCGGAUGCAGUACUUCCUGGACCAGAUGGAGACUGACUACCACCCGAUGCACUACGUGUGGAUGAAGGUGGCGCAGCGGAUGCUCAGCAGGCUGCAGGAUGACGAGACGGACCGAGGCCUCAAACUGCGUGUCAGCAUCUGGAGGAAGCUGAUGGUCUUGUACGGCAAGUUGGAGCCUGGCCUGACGCGGAGACGAGGCAUGUCCAUCUUGGAAUUGGGAUUGAGCAUCAUGCGGUCAGUGCGGAUUGAGUACAAGAUCAGCAACUUGUACAUCGGGUACUUGAUUGAGCAGAUGAAGUCCGCCAUUGAGUAUUUCCAAGAGGCCGAGGACAUCAUGAGCCUGGAGCCGCCCAGGGCCCGCGUCCACAUGCUGGCGAACAGGGCGAGGCAGCGGAAGGAGGAGGCGAAGGAGCUGAUGGAGACGCUGAGGGCUGAUGCGGCGCAGGUGAAGUAGAAGAAACAAAAGCUGGAGGGAGACGCUCUAUCAUAGAGUGACGAGAUGAAACAGAUGUAGAAGAAACAAACGAAGGAGAGAGAUGCUACAGUGAAUAGGCGACAUUUAAGUAGAAGAAACUGAAUAAAGUAGAGGAAAGAGAAGAUAGAAAGAAACGCUGCAGAGGGAAGAGACGAAACAGAAGAUAAGAGAUGUCUGAGUAACGAAAUGGAACAGAUGUAAAAAGAAACAGACGGAGGAGAGAGAUGCUAUAGAGUGAUCAGACGACACUGACGUAGAAGAAACAGAAGAUGGCGAGAGAUGGUAAAGUGAAGAGAUGAAACUGAAUGAAGUAGAAGAGAAGAUGGAAAAAAAAGCUGCAGAGGGAAGAGACGAAACAGAAGUAGAAGAAACAGAAGAUAGAUAUAGAUAGAUUGAAAGACAGAAAGAGAGCGAGAGAGAUAAUUUCCCUCUCCAAUCGGCCAGAGAAAAAAAGGGAGAAGAGAGAUUCAGAAUACUCUUGUGGUUGGUUGCCUGGGAGUCACAGGCGAAUUUCUUUUCAGUGUUUUUGUGGCGUCGCACGAGUGAUAUGUUUUUCAUUGUGUGCAUUAUAUUCCCUUUUCGCAUACACAAGAUAAAAUACACUACAGCAUACAUAAGAAAAAGUAUUACACUACACCAAAAUUCAGUUAUUCAGUAAUACAUAUUUAAUAUAUUUACCUCUUUAUUAAAUUAUAUUUUCAUAUGUAUUUUUUUGCAGAGUGUGAAAGUCUGAUUGUUGAAAUAAUUAUCAGAGGACUUAUUUUUUGUACGCUUCAAGAUCUCAAUAUAUAUAUUGCUAUUACUAUUAUCAUUACUACUAAUAUCAUAAUAAUUACGAGCGCGUGGGUGUAAGGAAACAUCGGCGGGGGUCGUGCGUGGAUAAAUAAAUGUUGAGGAAUAGU